GUAGGAUUUCCAGCAGCGGAGAAGGGGAGAGGUAGGGACGUUGGGUGAGUUUGUAAACAUUUGACUUGCUCGUGUUCAGAUAUCAAGAUUUUACCGAAUAGCCUUUGUCGCGGAACAGGUGUAUUGACCGUCUGUCACAUUACCUUCCCCUUCCUGAAAUACUUAUUUGACGCGCCUCGAUUUGUGUCAGUGCACUAACGUUAGCCUAGCCAGCUAACAUAACGUUAGCUAGCUAACUACCCAGUGUGUUGUGUACAGAAGUAUCCCCUGGUAAGGCGUUAGCUAGCUAGCUAUUGUUUUGCAGAAAAAAGGGGAAGGUAAAUAAAACAAGCUAAUUUAGCAAAGCGACCGCCAAGAAGCCCUUUUAAUUCGCUCGGCCGUGAUUGCCAAUGUGGUUGAUGGUCUGCUGUAACGUUACUGCCUGCCUGUACCAAAACAUCUGAUCUGAUCUGAUGUGAUGAUGAUGAUGAUGAUGAUGAUGGCCUGUCAGAUUUUGGAUAGUGAGGUCCAUUCUUCGUCCUGUCUGACAUUAUCUAUCUAGCUAACUAAUUAGCUAGCUAGCUAUAUCUAGCUUGACGUGCUGUUGUGAUCAUUGGCCCAUAGUUAGUUAGCGAACAAGCAAGGGGCAAGAUGGCUAGCUAGUUCGCUACCUUGUUCGCAGAGUCUGUCAUUAGCUAGUUAACGUUAGGUAGUUUCUGUCUUAGUUGAGACCAUAUACAUUAAAACCAGGGUUGAGACACUCGCCAACGCCGAUUCUGUUGUAAACCGUUUUGCAACAGAAACCGUUUACUCCAAACGGAAAACGAGAGUUAUUCAGGUUGGUCCCUCCCCGUUUAGUUCCGUUUGCUCCAUUUGGUUCUUAAACGGUUUCCGUUGUAAUACGUAAUGAAUAGACCCCAUGAGAACUGCGCUGUUUGUUGACAAUCAGCAGAAAGGUGGCAAUUUAGCUAGGACAAUAGAAGCUAAAGGGCGUAUUUUACAAUUCAAACACACUAGCUAGUUAAGACUAUCACAUUUUGACUACCUAGCUGGGACAUAUAUUUAAUAUAACUUUUUGCACCAAGAAAAUGUACGUGUCAGCAUUAAUAUCUUUGUUUGAUAGUAACGUUAGCAUUUAUUUUAUUUUUUCAUUGUAGUGUAAACAAGGUGCUUUAAUUGGAAAUACUGAACAUGUAGGCAGUAGGAAAUCCUUAUGAAUAUCAGCCUCAGUUUUUUUAAUGCUACCUAGGUGUUAGAGGCAGAGACAAAAUAACACACUUUCAUUCUCUUCCUCUCCCAUACCUCUUUAUUGCAGGUUAUUUGUGUGAGAUGGGGGACGAUCGACCUUUUGUGUGCACCGCCCCAGGCUGUGGCCAGGUAAGGUCUAAUUUCCCCUCCUUUUCUCUUCAUCCCUCACUCUCUUUUCCUACUCUACCUCCUGUCUUUACAGAUCUCGGAUUUUAGGAGCCAUCAGAUGACUCACCUCUGUCUUGCAUUUUCUUUGUGCACAGAGAUUUACCAAUGAAGACCAUCUAUCAGUCCACAAACAUAAGCAUGAGAUGACCCUAAAAUUUGGUCCUGCCAGAACUGACUCGGUCAUCAUCGCAGGUGCUUAACUUUACUAUUCCCAGCAUUUCUCAAUUACACUGUAUGAGAAAAACAUAUUUUUGUCUAGCUGUCAAACCACCACCACCCUGUGUGGACAGAUGAUCAAUCUCUGUUGUUGAUAGAGGGGAUUUACCUGUACUGUGAAGCCUCUACACCAGUGUCUCCUCUUUCUCUCUACCACCAGACCAGACCCCCACGCCCACCCGCUUCCUGAAGAACUGUGAGGAGGUGGGUCUGUUCAAUGAGCUGGCCAGCUCCUUCGAGCAGGAGUUCCGGAAGGCCCAUGAGGACGACCAGAGGAACAAAAACCCGGUGAGGGUGAGGACGGUGGAGGGGCUAGGAUGGGUUUGGUUUUUAAACACGGGUAGUUUGACCGACUGAUAAAUAUUGUGUCUGAUUGUUGGUCCCGACACAGCUCCCGGCCCCUCAGCUUCUGGCCCCACCCCUACAGACCCCGUCUGGGGUGAAGGAGGAGGAUGAUGGGCCUCUGGAGGUUGACUCCUCCCCCCCAGGCAGUCCUGACUCCACCUCCAGCAUGUCAGACAGCAGCAAGGAGCCAAUGGGGAGAGGAAAGGUACGACCUGGGGGCGGGGCGAACAGGGUGUAUGGUUGAACAGAUUAAUUGAUGUGUGUUCUUUCCUCUUGUCAAGUUUGCAUGGUAACUUGGGUGAGAGAGAAAGAAGGGAACAGUGGUGGCCAGAGAGUAAAGUAAUCACUUAACUAUGAGGCAAGUAAAGAAGAUGUCAGCAAAAAGUAGACAAUUAGUGGGUGUCUUAGUGGGUUCAACUCAGCGGCCUAUAGUGUCCAACUCCCAUCUGAGUUUCACUGACUGGAUGUGCUUUGUGUUGACAGGAGACUCUUCCUCCUCCACGGCCAUUGUUGAGCUCCACCCCCACGCCAACCAUCGUACGCCCAGGGUCCCUCCCCAUUCACCUUGGUUACGACCCCCUGCACUCGACCCUGCCGUCACCAACUUCUGUCAUCACACAAACCCCACCCUCCAACAGACAACUGGGGUGAGUCUAAUUUACCAACAUCUGUCUUUAUUUGUAUUCUCUCUGUCUAUUUCAUUUAUACUAAUCUCCUGUUCUCAGCUCUCCGACAGGCUCCUUCCCACUGAUAAUGCAUCUCCCCAACGGACAGACUGUCCCUCUCCUCCCCAGCCCAAAUAUGACCUCCGUUAUAUCUGUGAGAAUCAAUCACAUUUAUUUAUAAUGCCCUUUUUACAUCAGCAGUGUGAGUGAAAGUAGUAGAUGUCUAAUUAACAUGAACAGUCUUGAUAAUGGCAGAUAUUGGUAGGUGUUAUUUUGAACUCUUAUUUUGUCUCUUCUUGUGUAAUGUGUAGCUGGCGAGGCCAUUUAAUAUGGUGCCCAACAUCCCUGGGAUUCCAGGCCCUCCGAUUGGUGGGACCAGCAGCAGCUCCUCCUCCCCAUCUGGGUAUAGUCUACACUCAGAGGCCAAGAUGGUGAGAGGCGCAUGCACUGGCGGACACACACACACACACACACACACACACACAAACACACACUACACACCACACACCACACACACACUACACACCACACACGAGUUAAGGACCAAAUAGCAGUGGGCCUAUCCAUACCCCUGGCAUUGUGGCAGUGGAAGGCACAGGGUUGCAAAGGGAGGCAAUGUUACUGGUAACUGUUAAUUACCUAAAUUACUUGUAGUUUUGCAACCCUAGGAAGGCAUGUUGUUGACAUCUGUAUGGCAUUUCUGUGUGUCCCCCUCCCUCUCUGUAGAGGCUGAAGGCAGCGCUGACCCAGCAGCAGCAACAGCAUGGCCCAGGGGCUCAGAACGGGGCUGGAGGGGGCCCAGGGGGGGCGGGAGGGGGUCCAGGGUCCAGCCCCGCUGUCCCCCAGAGACAUGAGCAGAGCCAGCAGCCCUCGCAGCAUUCUGACACCCCCUCACCUGCACAGCCACAGGUAAAACACAUACAUACUGAUACAAUACCUAAGGGUCAGGUGGAAUCUGCUAGAGGCAGGACGGCCUUAACCUCCUGAAAUGAUACAAAUACUGGAAAGAACACUGAACAAACCAAAAGCUGCUACAAAACAUGUUUUGUAGAUUACAUAUGCUGGCAACUCUGUAAAGGUAUUGAUAAGAGAGAACUUCUCUGCAGAUUCCGUCUGGCCCUAUAUAUUUGGUAAUGCAUUAUCUCACGUCGAUUGCAUGUAUUUGCGUACAUUUUGUGCACAAACAGUGAGUACAAAAAUGCACAGGCACACUCUCAUGCAUAUAUGAUUUACAUAUACUCACACAGCAAACCAGCAGUGGCUCCUCCUCUCCAUUUGGGUAUAGUCUACAUUCAGAGGACAUGAUGGUGAGAGGCGUAUACACGGGCACACUUUGAAAUACACAUUCAAAUGCACUUUUACACUCACACACACAAGCUCACACUUGUGCACUCUUGCAUUCUCUCUCUCUCUCUCUCUCGUGCUCUCGCUCUCUCUCUCUCAUAUACACACACUCAUGCACACACACCCAGUCCAGAGUGUAUAACACCCUCCCCAUCCUCGCCAGGUGUCCCCGGCCCAGCCCACCGGGGGUAGGAGGCGGCGGGGUGCGGAGGCCGACCCAGACGAGAGAAGGCAGCGCUUCCUGGAGAGGAACAGGGCGGCGGCGUCUCGCUGCCGACAAAAGCGCAAGGUUUGGGUUGGCUCUCUGGAGAGGAAGGCAGAGGACCUGGCUACCAUGAACGUCUCUUUGACCGUGAGUCUACCGCACUACGACCGUAACUGGACCUAGACUGUAACUCUCUAUUACAGUCAGUUACAAUAGACCAUAACUGGACUCAGCAGAGAAAGGAAAAGGCAAUGAGAAAGGCAAUAUGUCACUUUUUGGGCGACCCGACCAAAUUCACAUACAAGAAGCGGUAGAUCUGUUCUAUGUGAGUUAUUUCUAUGCUUCCCAUUCUUACAUUUCAUUUUUGCAUCUUUCGGUUUUGUACACCAACUUCAAACAGCUGAAAAUACAAUAUUUUUGGUUAUGGAAAAUAUAUUUCACAGUGGUUUAGAUGGUACAAUGAUUCUCUAGACUAUACUUGCUUGUUUUGUCACAAACUGAAAUUAGGCGAACUAUUAGAAUUUUAGCAACCAGGAAAUGGCGGAGUGAUUUCUGCAUAGUGCGUCUUUAAAACCAUGAACCCGUCUGUGAUUGUAUUAUACUGGUAUGAGCCCUAAUAUGAUUCUCGUGCCCAUGGGGUUUUGGUGUAUGAUUGUCAGUGGUUGAGAAGACAAUAAAUGUUGUGUGUACAUUGUCUUGUGUGUUCAUGCCUAUAUGUGAUGUGUUCUGUUUCUAUCAGAAUGAAGUGGGUCUGCUGAGGAAUGAGGUGACACAACUGAAACAGCUGCUACUGGCCCACAAAGACUGCCCUGUCACUGCCAUGCAGAAGGCGGCUUCCUACUUAGGUAAUUAAGACAAAACAUACUUUUGGUCAUGUAGUGUAUGUGGACACCUGCUCGUUCUCAUUCCAAAAUCAAUGGCAUUAAUAUGGAGUUGGUCCCCCCCUUUGCUGCUAUAACAGCCUCCACUCUUCUGAGAAGGCUUUCCACUAGAUGUUGGAAUAGUGCUGCGGGGACUUCCAUUCAGCCACAAGAGCAUUAGUGAGGUCAGGCACUGAUGUGGUGCGAUUAGGCCUGGCUUGCAGUCGGCGUUCCAAUUAAUCCCAAAGGUGUUCGAUGGGGUUGAGGUCAGGGCUUUGUGCAGGCCAGUGAAGUUCUUCCAUACCGAUCUCGACAAACCAUUUCUGUAUGGACCUCGCUUUGUGGACUUGGGGCAUUGUCAUGCUGAAACAGGAAAGGGCCUUCCCCAAACUGUUGCUACAAAGUUGGAAGCACAGAAUCGUCUAGAAUGUCAUUGUAUGCUGUAGCGUUAAGAUUUCCCGUCACUGGAACUAAGGGGCCUAGCCCAAACCAUGAAAAACAGCCCCAGACCAUUAUUCCUCCUCCUCCAAACUUUACUGUUGGCACUAUGCAUUGGGGCAGAUAGCAUUCUCCUGUCAUCCGCCAAACCCAGAUUAGUCCGUCGGACUGCCAGAUGGUGAAGCGUGAUUAAUCACUCCAGAGAAGUUGUUUCCACUGCUCCAGAGUCCAAUGGCAGCGAGCUUUACACCACUAGCUGACGCUUGGCAUUGCGCAUGGAGAUCUUAGGCUUGUGUGCGACUGCUCGGCCAUGGAAACCCUUUUCAUGAAGCUCCCGAUGAACAGUUCUUGUGCUGACGUUGCUUCCAGAGGCAGUUUGGAACUUGGUAGUGAGUGUUGCAAACGAGGACUGAUGGUUUUUACGCACUACGCGCUUCAGCACUCGGCGGUCCCGUUAUGUGAGUUUGUGUGGCCUACGCAUGGUGAUCUUAGGCCUGCUCGGCCAUGGAAACUGACUUGUUGGAAAGGUGGCAUUCUAUGACGGCGCCACGUUGAAAGUCACUGAGCUCUUCAGUAAGGCCUUUCUACUACCAAUGUUUGUCUAUGGAGAUUGCAUGGCGGUGUGCUUGAUUUUAUACACCUGUCAGCAACGUGUGUGGCUUAAAUAGCCGAAUCCACUAAUUUGAAGGGGUGUCCACAUACUUUUGUGUAUAUAUAGUAUACACAAAUCAACUAUCAAUCACACAAGUCUGUCAUUCACUCCAUCUGUUAGAUUUUUUAUUUAGGCUCAUUUAUCUGUCCCCCAUCAACUUUUGCAUCCAUCCACCCACCUACCGAUCAAUCUAUCCAGGAUCAAACUCCAACUCAUCCAUCUAACCUAUUGCUUGCCUGUCACCUCUCUUUAAGGGUGAAUGUUUCUCUCUCUGUCUGUAGCUGCAGGAGGAGAGGAGAGCUCCAGGGAUCCCCCCUCCGAGCCUACGGGGUCCACAGCCCCGGUCAUCCAGCACGGGCCUUUGGCCCCUGUCCCCAGCCCUGGUGCCAUCACCGUCAACGGGCUGAGUGUAUGCGCGGCUGAGGCAGUGGCCAUGUCAGUCCUGGCCGGGAUGGGGGCGGCCCACCAGGGAGGGGUCCUCAUGGCCACACAGCCUCAGCCAGCCCCCAGAUGAUGUGCAGGGAGCCAAUAAGAACUUUAGGAUGCUGGACUGGUACAAUUAUGUGAGAGAUUGAAAGAGAGAAAGGGACCUGAUUUGAAAUCUGAAAUCCCACCAGUUGUUGAUAGAAGGGGAGGUGGGGGUGAGAAGUACUAUCUCCAACCUAUGCUCUGUGACCUUGGAUACAGUGGCAGCCAGGAAAGGAUGUUGGGAGUUGACAUCCUGU